UAGGCUUGAUCUCGUCCGAUUUCGGAAAAACCAAGCUGCGCGUGCGAGCGUGCUAGGAUUUUUCUUGUAUAAAACAGUUGCGUAAACCAACAGCAGCAACAUGUCAGCGCCCCAGCAGCAGCAACAACAUGUGCGCGUGGUUGAACAACAACAGCAACAACAGGUGGUACCAGCUGAGGGGGUGACCUCCACUGUGGAAUCGGAAUCCAAUUCCAUCUCGGCCAGCAAGGAGCUAACCGGUUUGACGCACGAGUGCGGUGUUUUCGGAGCCAUUGCUUGUGGAGAUUGGCCCACCCAGAUGGACAUUGCUCACGUGAUCUGUUUGGGACUGGUUGCACUGCAGCAUCGCGGCCAGGAAUCCGCUGGCAUAGCCACCAGCGAGGGUAAUUGCUCCAAGAACUUCAAUGUGCACAAGGGCAUGGGCAUGAUCAGCACCCUCUUUAACGAUGACUCCAUGAAGAAGCUACGCGGAAACCUGGGCAUCGGACAUACGCGCUACUCCACCGCUGGCGGAUCGGGAGUGGUAAACUGCCAGCCCUUUGUGGUGCAUACUGCUCACGGAGCUCUGGCCCUGGCCCACAAUGGCGAGUUGGUCAACAACGAAUCUCUGAGGAGGGAGGUAUUGGCCAGAGGCGUGGGUUUGUCUACCCACAGCGACAGUGAAUUGAUUGCCCAAUCGCUGUGCUGUGCCCCAGAAGAUGUAUCCGAACUCGACGGACCCAACUGGCCAGCCAGAAUUAGGCAUUUCAUGAUGCUGGCUCCACUCUCCUACUCACUGGUUAUCAUGUUGAAAGACAAGAUCUACGCUGUAAGGGACACGUAUGGCAACAGGCCGCUGUGCAUUGGCAAGAUCGUGCCUAUCAAUGCGGGACACGGUAAUAAGUCCGAUACCCCAGCUGAUGGCUGGGUGGUUUCCAGUGAGAGCUGCGGAUUCCUCUCGAUCGGAGCUAGAUAUGUCCGCGAAGUGGAACCCGGAGAGAUAGUGGAGCUCUCGCGGAGUGGCUACCGUACGGUGGAUAUCGUAGAACGACCCGACUUCAAGCGCAUGGCGUUUUGUAUAUUUGAAUAUGUUUACUUCGCCCGUGGAGACAGUAUCUUCGAAGGUCAGAUGGUCUACACAGUGAGGCUGCAGUGCGGGCGGCAGCUGUGGCGAGAGGCUCCUGUGGAAGCGGAUCUCGUAAGCUCCGUUCCAGAGUCCGGUACAGCGGCGGCCCAUGGCUACGCACGUGAGUCUGGUAUUGAGUUUGCUGAGGUUCUCUGUAGGAAUCGGUACGUGGGACGAACUUUUAUUCAACCCUCCACCAGGUUGCGGCAACUGGGAGUGGCCAAGAAGUUUGGAGCCCUGUCUGAGAACGUGGCUGGCAAGAGAUUGGUACUGAUAGACGAUUCUAUCGUGCGCGGCAACACCAUUGGACCCAUCAUCAAGCUGCUAAGGGACGCAGGCGCCAGGGAAGUACACAUUCGCAUUGCCAGCCCACCGCUGCAGUAUCCGUGCUAUAUGGGAAUUAAUAUUCCAACUAGAGAGGAAUUGAUUGCCAACAAACUGAACGCCGAACAGUUAGCCAGGCAUGUGGGCGCCGACAGUCUGGCUUAUCUAAGCGUUGAGGGGCUUGUGGAAGCUGUGCAACUGAAGAAUCGAGAUGCAGGAGAUGGCAAGUCUAAACCCACGGGUCACUGCACCGCCUGUCUUACAGGUGUCUAUCCCGGUGGACUUCCUGAUGAGCUAAGUUGGUGAUCCCGGCUGAAGGCUGGUCGCUGAAAGUUUGAAAAGACUUUUGGAAACUAGUUUUGCACAUUUUUGCCAACUACACAACAAAAAAAGUUACGCAUGCAGUAUGUAAAGCCUCAGAGGGCUCCGAAUUGCUGUCACAAAUUUUGCAUUUAGUUUAUCUAGCAUUACAGCCCACCCAUUCCUUUUUACACACUCUACCUUCUUAGAUCUUAAGUGAAAAGCCCACGUGCUUCCUCGAACUAAAAGACACUGAUUAGAGUCUGGUUUUGUCUCUGGAACUUCACGCUCAUAGUACAAAAUAUAACACUCUAUGUUUCCCAUCUUGAAUAUCUUUAAAAUUUGUUGAUUGAGAAUGCCAAUAAUAAAGACAUUUAGACUACGA